ACGCAGGGCACGGUUCCACUAAAGCACAGCCCUUUCCUCUCAACCUUUUCUGUUCCUGCAAUUCACUAUGUCGGAAAAAGACUGUGGCAGCCACGGCAAGAAGCGCCGAUUAAUCUACAAACGAAUUUGCGCCGGAAUCCUAAUCUUCAUCUUCCUGGUUCUCCUCACAAUCCUCAUCGUUUGGGCAGUUCUCCAGCCCAAAAAGCCCAGAUUCAUCAUCCAAGACGCCACCGUUUACGCCUUCAAUGUUUCCACUCCCAAUUUCAUUACCUCCAAUAUCCAAAUCACCAUAUCCUCUCGUAAUCCGAACGACGAAAUCGGAAUCUACUAUGACUGGAUGGACAUAUAUGCUUCUUACCGGAACCAGCAAAUCUCUCUCCGCACUGCCAUACCACCGACGUACGAGGGCCACAAGGAGACCAACGUGUGGUCGCCUUUCGUUUACGGUACUGCCGUGCCAGUAGCUCCCUACAACUUCGUCGCACUGAAUCAGGACGAGUCCACAGGGUCUGUCACUCUGGUCAUCAAGAUUGAUGGACGGAUAAGAUUCAAAGUUGGAUCGUUUACAACUGGGAAAUAUCGUCUCCACGUGAAGUGUCCAGCGUUUAUUCCGCUCGGGAGCCGGAGUUCGGGGGUCGUUGUCAGUGAGAACGCCGUUAAGUAUCAGCUGGUCACCAGUUGCAGAGUCAGUGUUUGACGUCUGAUGGAGCAGAGCAGUAUGGAAGGAGAUGGACUGACGGUGUUAUGUAUGUGCCACGUUCUUUUCUCUUAUUCUAACGCCGUUAGUUUUAUUUAUUUUUCUUUUGUUUUAAGUGUCUAAAAAUGUUGUGUUUUAUAGGUACAAGAUGAUAAAUAUUAAAGUGGUUAAAUUGUAUAUUUUGUUACAAUAAUAUAUAAAUAAAAAAUUGAGAACCACGAGUAGCUCAGAUGAUACUCAUAUGUGUGGUAUCUCAUAGAAAUCUCGAGUUCGAAUCUCCCUCAUCCCUUCCCCUGUGAUAAAAAAAAUCAUAUGAGACUUAUAGCAUUCAAAUUAC